CAAAGAAGAACCAUUGCUGCUCUCACUUCUCUUCCUCUGUCAAUAAGCUUCUCCUCUUUUGGACUUUCUCAUUCCAUAUCUCUCUGUUUCUCUAAUUUGUUCCUCUACCGUAAAAGAAGCUCAAUUAUUCUUACAACAAUGUUGUUGUAACUUGUAACGAAAAUUUAAAAAUCCCGAAGGGAUUUGUAACUCUUUUAGUUUGGGUGUCAUCAUGAAGAGACUAAGCAGCUCAGAUUCAAUGUGUGCUCUAAUCUCCACUUCUACAGAUGAACAGAGUCCAAGAGGAUACGGAAGCAAUUACCAAUCUAUGCUUGAAGGUUACGACGAAGAUGCUACACUAAUGGAGGAAUAUUCCGGCAAUCACCACCACCACAUGGGUCUAUCGGAGAAGAAGAGAAGAUUAAGAGUUGACCAAGUCAAAGCUCUUGAGAAAAAUUUCGAGCUUGAGAACAAACUCGAACCAGAGAGGAAAACGAAACUAGCCCAAGAGCUUGGACUUCAACCUCGUCAAGUAGCGGUUUGGUUUCAGAACCGUCGCGCACGGUGGAAAACAAAACAGCUUGAGAAAGAUUACGGCGUUCUUAAGAGCCAAUACGAUUCUCUCCGCCACAAUUUCGAUACCCUCCGGCGUGACAACGAUUCUCUUCUCCAAGAGAUCAGUAAAAUCAAAGCUAAGAUAAGCGUAGAAGAAGAGAACAACAACAACAACAACAAAGCUACGACGGAGAGUGUUAAAGAAGAAGAAGUUUCAUUGCCGGAGAGUUCCCACAAGACUGAUUCGACUCCGUCGUCUCCUCCGCAGUUUCUAGAACAUUCAACCGGUUUUAACUACCGGCGAAGCUUCACUGACCUCCGCGACCUUCUGCCGAAUUCAACUGCAGUCGGAGACGCUGGAUCUUCCGAUAGCUGCGAUUCAAGCGCCGUUCUAAACGAAGAUACAAGUUCAGAUAACGGAAGGUUAACGCCUCCGGCGACGGUUACCGGCGGGAGUUUCUUACAGUUUGUGAAAAUGGAGCAAACAGAGGAUCACGACGAUUUUCUAAGCGGCGAAGAAGCGUGUGGUUUCUUCUCCGAUGAACAACCGCCGUCACUUCAUUGGUACUCAGCUUCGGAUCAUUGGACUUGAUAAUCGUUUUGAUCCGAUGGAGAUUGAAUGAUCGAAUCAUGCUCUGUUUAAUUACUCUCUAUGGGAAAAAAAAACAGAACAGAGUGGGGCAAAAGUGAAAUAAUCGAUAAACAAGGGAUCAAAGAUGAAAUAAUUAUUAGGCUUUUAAUGUAAAGAAUAAAACUUACGUUUUGACUCGUCAAGUCCAAAUGGUUUGUUUUCAUUCUAGAUGUUACCCAUAAACAUUCCACUUGACUCGUAUAACCUUAUCUUGAUCCAAUCAAGAUAUUCUGAGAUGGAUGAAAAAGGGUAACAUCUCUAAUUCUAUGCUUUCAAGUUCAACAUAGCAGCAACUUUUUUCUCCA